UGGACUUAUAACUAUAUCUAUUAAUAUGAAUACUUUUCUUGUGACUAUUCAUCUUAAAUAUGACAUAUUGCAUAAACAUUCAGAAAGAUAUGCUGUUAGUGAUACAAUUAAAGAAAAAAUAAAGCAAUAUAUCAAUUUUACACCAAAGGAUAUAUUUCGGCAACUUGAACAAGAAAAUCCAGAUUUAAUCCAAAAACAAGUUCAUGCAUGGUGGGCUAAUUUUAUUAAACAGGAGUAUAUUCGUGAUAAAAAUAAUCAAUUGAAAUCUGCAAAAUUGCUCCUUGAAGAAUAUAACUAUGAAAUUAUUUUAGUGAAUAUUGAAGGUGAAAUAAAUUACUUGGGAUUUAUAACACCCUUCUUUGAACUUUUGUCAACAAAUAAGGAAAUUGUUGUGGAUGCAACAUAUAAAACAAAUGCUUUAGGUUUUGUCAUUUUGAACUCUAUUCAGUAAUUGGGCAAUCAGAUGGUGCUGGUUUUGCACUGG